AUGGCCGAGAAUGUCCCCCCAAACUCCGCGCAACCCGCCUCUGCAACCGCAGACCAACCCGGCCGACCAUACUACGAAUCACUCCGCGGCACACUUCGCCAAACCCUCGAAAAGAAGCGACGACUAGACGAGCAGCUCGCCGCGCUGGAGGAGCAAAUUUACAAGACGGAGGGCAUGUACCUGGAAGAGACGUCCAACUCAGGCAACAUCGUGCGUGGCUUCGAUGGUUGGGUCAAGAAUGUGCAGGUUAGCGGGAGGGUCGCGGAUGAUAGACGGAGGGGACGAGUGAGAGAUGAGGACCGGGUGUUCUCGAGGAGUAGUGUGAGCUGGAUGAGGGCACAAGAAGGACCUGAUUCAAAUACGCCGUCGCACGCACCCACGCCUACUGCGUCUUUCGCUCCACAGCCGUCGGCGCAGGCUUCGAGCGCGGGUACACCUGCUGGCAACAACUCCAAAGCGUCGAACAACAAGAAGAAGCGGCCAACGGAUAAGGAGGAUGAGGACGAUGCCAAGGCCAAGCGGUCGAAGAUAUCAUACUCGAGGGAUUAG